UCUUUAUUAUUUUGAUUUUCUUAUUUAAAUCCUAAUCAGUUUUCUUCUUGUUUCUGAAAAUUUUGAUGUGAUCAAGUCCUUUGCUUCAAAGGCAAUUUUUCUUAGUAAUAAUCGUUCUAGUUGGUUUGAUUAUGUAAAUCUUCCCUCUUUAUUAAGAUAAUAAAAGCUGGAUUUUCCUUUCUAUAUUUGAACAGUAACAAAUUAAGGUGACAGUUGAAAGCGAAUCUUCAAUUAUUAGUAUUAGAUAUUAAUGUCAUGCAUAAGUAGAUACUACUUGGGAGAGCAUUGUGAAAUGGGCUCUUUCAUAUGCAAAUCUUCGCCCCUUUUUUCCUUUACUUUGUCUUUUUGCAAGUCGGCAAUGUCAUUAUAGGGAUGAAAUUUGAAGCCUUCAAAGUGAAGAACAGAAGCAUUGGGUCCCUAUGUUUCUGUCCCACUCUUGGCUUUUGGGUAAAUUCCUUUUGUUUCAAACUGUUCUGUUUAGUUUAAAGUGAUGAAUGAUGAUUUCCUUUUUGUAACAGACAAAGCUUGAUAGCCUGGCCAAGACUACCGACACUUCAACCUUUAUUAUUAUUAUUAUUAUUAGUAAUAGGAGAUCCCAUUUUCCAAAUAAAAAUUUACUACUUGUUUUGGUUCAAACUUAAGAACUAAGGCAUGUGAAUGAAUUUGGCAAGGGAAAGGCCAAAAGCCAAUAAAAAUGAAUUAUUAGCGUGUUUUAUCCACGUCCAAUCAAAUACCAUAAACCUCAAAACACGCCAUAGGAAAAGAAUAACUAUAGAUUAUGGUGUCUGUAUGACUGUUCUUAAUCAAAGAAGCGGAAAAACAAGUAAAAUAAAGAAGUUAUCUGAAAAUACUAGUGGGUUGAUUAUUAUGGCUGCAAUUCUUAUGAAAUGGAUUUUACAAUUUAAAUUCGUGAUUCCAAUCCCAAUCCCAGUUACAAAUUUUUAUUUUCAUACUUUAAAAUCAUCUCAUAAGAUGGUGUAAUUUUUUAAUUAUUUCAUAAGUAAUAAGUUUACCACAUCAUCAUUCUAAAUUGACGUAUUUUGGAAAGACUUGGAGACAAAAUUUAAGAUUCUAUUUUUACUUAAAAAAAAAAAGAAGAAACGUGUUAGUUUUUUACCAUAGCCUUGCAUGUUUCUUGGGAAUCGUUUUUUUUCUUUUUAACGCUCUUUAUUCUCAUACGUAUAGAAAGCGUUUUGAUUCUUGUUUUCGUGAAAUCAUCGAGGAAGGCAAAAACCCAGAUCACUUUUGUAACUCUUUUUGUCCAGUGAAGUUUUCUGUUUUAGAAUUUUGAUGCUUUUUCACCAGAAAGAAAAAAAAAAUUGGUUUAAUUGGAUUUUGAUUGAUCAGCAAAUGGGUUAUUGCCCUUGUUUUGGUUGGGGGAAAGAGAAGAAGCUGAAGAGUGGUGAGAAGAAAGAACUUAGCAAGAAAUGCAAGCCUCAAUUAUCUUCUGGAGUUGGUUCAGUAGGAUCAAAAAGCAGUGCAUGCUCAAGACAGGAAUCAUCAGCUCUAAAAGAUGAGCCUGAUGGUAAUAGGACUCAGACUUUUUCCUAUCAACAACUGGCAACUGCAACAAAAAAUUUUAGGAAAGAAUCAUUGAUUGGGCAAGGUGGAUUUGGUGCUGUUUAUAAAGGGCAAUUAGAAAGUAAUGGUCAGCAGGUUGUAGCUGUUAAGCAACUUGAUAAGACUGGGCUCCAAGGGGAAAAGGAGUUCCUUGUGGAGGCUCUCAUGCUUUCUCUUUUGCGUCACCCUAAUCUUGUCAAUUUGAUUGGUUACUGUGCUGAAGGGGAUCAGCGCCUUCUUGUCUACAAGUACAUGCAGCAGGGAUCCUUGGAAGAUCACCUUCAUUAUCUUAGACCUGAUCAGAAACCUUUGGACUGGAAUAAAAGAAUGACAAUAGCUGCUGGUGCAGCUAAAGGCCUGGAGUAUCUUCACUGUGAAGCCAAUCCUCCUGUUAUAUACAGAGAUUUAAAAUCAUCUAACAUACUAUUAGGUGAGGACUUCAACCCGAAACUCUCCGAUUUUGGGCUUGCAAAAUUUGGUCCAAGCGGAGAUAAAUCACAUGUUUCCACCAGGAUCAUGGGAACCCAUGGUUACUGUGCCCCUGAGUACCUCACUAGUGGAAAAUUGACUAUGAAGUCUGACAUCUUUAGUUUUGGGGUAGUCCUAUUGGAGCUGAUAACUGGACGUAAAGCUCUUGAUGAUAGGCAUGCUCGUGAAGAACGAUUCCUUGUUGAUUGGGCUCGCCCCAUGUUGAAAGAUGGAAUGAACAUUUUGAGCUUAGCAGAUCCACUGCUGAAAGGUCACUUUUCCAAAUCUACCUUGAAGAAGGCUCUAGAGGUGGCCUUCAUGUGCAUCCAAGAAAAUGCUAAUUCCAGGCCCUCUAUUGGUGAUGUAGUGCUUGCUCUCAAUUAUUUGACUUCCCAUCCAUAUAACCCAAAUGAAGCUAAGAGGGUUAGUGUCAAAGGGCCUGAGUUCAACGAGUCUCCAAAGGAAACAACCAGGAUGUUAGACAGAGAUUUUGACAGAGAGCGAGCUGUUGCUGAGGCCAAGAUGUGGGGAGAGAGUUGGAGAGAAAAAAGACGACAGAUUGCAGAAAAUGCUUCUAAUGGAUCAAACAGAUAAAACUUCAGAAAUUGAUCAUUUUGAACUUCUAGAAAUACAGAAAGUUGCUAACAGGGAAGAUUGUAUAUUUAGUUUAAACAGCAAUGGUUUCCAGAAAAGUAUACUCUUAUUUAUUUUCCUUUGAAACAAUAGUGAAUAGUUUAGCAUUUCUUUUAUAAUUUUUCCUCUAGUUGAAGAAAUUCUUGGAGCAGCUGCUAUCAAUGGACUGUGGAAGAGUUAAAUUGCUCUAGCAUGGUAGAGAAAUUGACAUCAUUGGCUGCUUUUGCAAUUGAUCAUCCACAAAUCUUAAUGGAAUUGUGCAAGAAGGAUCAACAUUAGAAGCUUAAAUUUGAACUACAUGCUGUUGUUUUCUUGAAUUCUUAGAGGUUAGAAUACAACAUAAAGUAACCAUAUGGAGAUGGGUUUGCAUUGUCCCUAAUGUAAUGGUAAAUCCCUUGUUGACUCGACAACUUCCAUGAUUCUUAACUUAUAUAAGUGAAACAUCCAAUCCUGCUCUUAAGAAGUCUGUCGAUUCUGAAAUCUCAAUUCCAUUAACCCAUGUUAAUGUAGUUAAGCAUAACGUAUUUUUAGUUCAUGUGCUGGAGAUUAAGAGUAAUGAAAUGACAAUUGAAAUAGAAAUUUACAAUUAGCAGAUACGAGUGUAAUUAUUAACAUAUAAAUUAA